GACAGUACAGGGGCAGAGGCAGAGCUAGUCGUUUUUCUUUCCCCAUUCUUCUCGUUCUCGCCCCAAAUCGCCGCUGAAUCCUCCGGCGAUCGAGCAAGCAUCUGCUGCAUUUUUCGACGCGCUCGUGCGAGGUGCUCCUGAACCGGAGGCGUUUCCUGACAUCAGCCUCCGGGGCUCCAUUCGGGAUCCAUGGCGCGAGGCGACGGCUCGGGCUUCUGCGGCUUCGCGAAGGGUUUCUUGGUCAGUGGAAGCUCUGGCUCUCUGUCUGAUCGACCUCCUCUUGCCAAAAAUCCUGGUGGCGGGAGGACGGGGCCGCCGCGGGAGGUUGUGGAGAUCAGCUCCGACGAGGAGGAGGACGACGGAUCUACCCCCGUGGCCAGGAAGUUGCGUUUUGAUGAUGCUGCUGAUGAAAGGGCCACUGGGGGGAGCGAUCUUGGUGUGGGGAAGAAGCGCGAGUCCCGCGGCGUCGGCAAGGAAGACGACGAUUGCGUGGUUCUGGACAGCGACCCUGAUGGUGCGGUGCCCGUUGGGGAGGACAAGGGAACUGCGGGACUUGAUGGCGGCUUGGAUGAACUGCAGAUAGUUGCUGAGAAAGGCCAGGUAGCCUGCAGGGACUUUCCUCACUCGCGCCAUUUAUGUUCUAAAUUGCCCUUCAGCACCACUUUACACGUCACGCAUUGUAGCAUGUGCUACUGUUUUGUAUGUGAUGCUCCAGCUCCAUGCACUUAUUGGGGCAAAGGUCUCUCUACUGAUGAUCAUUGUCAUGCUACUGAUAAGGAAACUAGGUGGACAACACUGAGGCAGGCAUUCAAGCGCAAACAUCUGCCGGCAUCUCAUUCAGAGAAACACCAGAAUGUUGUGUACCCAGCAAUGGUGCCACUCAGACAGCAAGAUAUACAGCGUCGAGUCUCAGCUCUACAGUCAGAUCCAUCUUUCUUGUCAGGUUUUAGUCGCUUUUCUCUUACUGAUGGAAGCCCCAUUAUGGAUGUUGUACACCAAAACCAACAGAGGCACAUACUUCAGGGAGUCUUACCUAAUGCAGGGCAAACUGUUGGUGCACCAAGAGUAUCCCAUUUGACAAGAGAGGGAAGAGGUAGAGACAAUGUUCAAACCACUCAAGCUACCCGCCUCCAUACACCCUGUGGACAAGAGCCGUACCAGCAGGAAGAUGACGAAGAGUACACGUCUGAGGAGGAGGACGAAGAGUACACAUCUGAGGAGGAGGACGAAGAGUACACGUCUCAGGAGGAUGGCGAGUACACAUCUGAGAAGGCCAAGGUGUACGUGGGGAACCUACACUAUGACAUUGUCCGUGAGGACCUCGACGAGCUCUUUGGGCAAGCCGGUUUUGUUGAGUUCUCAGAAGUUGUGUACAGCCGACAAACAUGGCAGAGCUGUGGAUUUGGGUUUGUCACCAUGAGUACUGUUAAGGAGGCAGAGCUAGCUGUGGAGAUGUUCAAUGGCUUUAAAAUGCACGGGAGGCGUCUAACUGUGCAGCACAAGGCAGCUCGGAGAGUCGCCCGGGUGGAAGCUCCCCUGUGUCAAUCCAAGUCACCGUUCAGACUCUACGUGGGCAAUCUGCCUUCGCAAGCGAGUGACUCUUGGUUGAAGGCGCUGUUCAGCCAGCAUGGAAAAGUGGUUGAGGCUAGAGUCGUCGACAAGGAGCAUGAUGGACGUGCCUUGUGCUCGCGAGGAUUUGGGUUUGUCAAAAUGGCGACGGAGGAGGAAUCGUACGUCGCCAUUGAGGCCCUUGACAAACAGAUAAUGGAGGGACGUCCCCUGCGAGUGGAGGUCGCGAAGGAGCGGCCACGGUGACGUCGGUGAGGCCUUCGCUGAAGAUAUAUUUGGGGUUAGACUUAGCUAGGCAGGAGAAAGAUUUAUAUGUUCGAAAAUGUGAGAUCAGCUAGAAAGCAGGUGUUUCAUCCCUGUUUUUUCCGACACCUUUGGGGCAGCUGCCAUGCUGCUGUUUGCGGCUUAUUUAAUUUUAAGCCAGGAAAAAAUGACUACUAUGAUCUAAAACUAAGACAUGAAAGCUGCUGCA